ACCCACCCUAUCAUCAGCAAAUCCAUUGAACUAGCGUCGAGUACUAUAUCUCUUUCUUUCCCACUUCCUUUUUGUCUGUGAAAAGUCAACAAAAUGUCUAAGAGAGGACGAGGAGGUACCGCCGGAGGUAAAUUCCGCAUCUCGCUUGGUCUCCCAGUCGGAGCUGUCAUCAAUUGCGCCGACAACACAGGAGCCAAGAACUUGUACGUCAUUGCCGUCCAUGGAAUCCGUGGUCGCCUCAACAGACUUCCCGCCGCAGGCGCCGGAGACAUGUUUGUGGCCACAGUGAAGAAGGGCAAACCAGAACUUCGUAAGAAGGUAAUGCCAGCCGUGGUGAUUCGGCAGAGAAAACCGUUUAGGAGGCGUGACGGCGUUUUUAUAUAUUUUGAGGACAAUGCGGGGGUGAUAGUGAACAACAAAGGAGAAAUGAAAGGCUCUGCUAUCACCGGCCCCGUCGCGAAGGAAUGUGCUGACUUGUGGCCGCGUAUUGCGUCCAAUGCCAGUUCAAUUGCUUGAAGUCUUAUCUAAUAAUAAAACCAUUCUAUAAAAACGGA